AUGUCUUCCUCGGUGUUCUUCAAGUUCAAGUCGCAGAAGGAGCCCACUAGAGUGGAGUUUGACGGCACAGGUAUCUCAGUCUUUGAACUCAAACGUGAGAUUAUCACCAAGAGCGGAUUGGGUGAUGGCACGGAUUUCGACCUCUAUAUCUAUACAGAUGACAACAGUGAAGAGUACGAUGAUGAUACAACAAUUGUUCCCAGAUCGACGACAGUGAUUGCUCGGCGACAGCCCGCCGUCAAGCCUGGAGCUGGGCGAGCCGCUCGAUAUGUCUCGGGCAAAAUGCCCGUAGCGGCCAAGAACGCCGGCCGUAAGGAACAGUUGGCAAAAGUAUCGGCCUCCAAGCCAAAUACAAAUGCUUUCAGCCAGAUGAACGAUGCCAUGACAGAGGAAGAUCGAAUGGCCGCCAUGUUUGCUGCUCAAACAGAGCAGUGGUCAGCCCAGCAAGAAGAGUUGUCUCAUCAAGCGCCAGUGCCUUUCGGUAAACCAGGCUCCAAGCGGCCGGCAAAUGUUCCUGACCAUGACCCCCCCAAUGGGUACAUUUGCUAUCGAUGUGGAAACAAGGGCCAUUGGAUCCAGUUGUGCCCAACCAACGAUGACCCCGACUUUGACAAUCGUCCUCGCGUCAAGCGCACCACUGGCAUCCCUCGUUCAUUUCUACAAAAGGUGGAUAAGUCUGUCAUAUUAGCUCAGUCGGAAGGUGAUGAAACCAAACGGCCCUCAGGAAUCAUGGUCAACGCCGAGGGAGACUUUGUCAUUGCCGAGCCAGACAAGGCCUCUUGGGAGCAAUUCCAAGCCAAGGCCAAGUCCUCUUCUGCCGCGGCCAAGACGGCGCAGGCGGAAGACAAGGAAAUGCAAGAGCGUGGUCUCGAAUGUUCAAUUGACAAGAAGAUGUUCAUAGAGCCAAUGAAAACCCCGUGCUGUCAGAAGACGUUUUGCAAUGACUGCAUAACCAAUGCACUCAUCGAAAGCGACUUCGUCUGCCCUGCUUGUCAGACCGAAGGUGUGCUAAUAGAUGAUCUCCAGCCUGAUGAAGAAGUGUCAAAGAAGAUUCAAGAGUACCUCAAGGAGAAGGAAGCUGCCAAGGUCACUCCCCCAUCGUCACCCAAGGGCAAUUCGGAAGAAGUGCCAGGCAGCUCGGAGAGUGAUCAAACUAAAGACGCAGCAAAUAAGGAGGAUGGAGCAACAGACGCUGUGGAGGACAAGACGAGGCGGAAGAGCAUCGAGACUUCGGAGCAGAAGCCCAACUCACCAGCUACAGAAUCAGUCGAUUCGGCAUCCAAGUCUCCUUCGGCCGAGUCAAAGAGUCUCGUUCCCAGCUCUCAGGCUGCCGAAGUAGUCAAAGCAGAGGACGUCGUCUCGAAGAAGAGGCCCGCAGAAGACUUCCUAGAGAAUCCCAAGAUACCCAAAGGACCCCGCGCCAUGCAGAACCAGCAAUCCCAGAACAUGAUGAACGGCAACAUGAUGAACGGCAUGCCCAACAUGGGUAUGAACAACAUGAUGUUUAAUGGAGGCAUGGGCAUGAUGCCAAACAUGAUGGGCAUGGGCGGCAUGGGAAUGAAUAUGGGCAUGAAUAUGGGUAUGAACAUGGGCAUGCCUCCUAUGCCUAUGCCUAUGCCUAUGAUGAACAUGCCUAUGAUGGCCGUGCAAGGCUUCAACAACAUGAAUGGGGGCUACGGAAAUAUGAAUGGAGGAUACGGCAUGAACAACAACAUGAACGGCAUGAACAAUAUGAACAUGAAUGGCGGCGGCGGCGGCGGCAUGAACAACAACAACAACAACAACAACUGGGGCAUGAAUAAUGCCGGUGGUAUGAAUGGGAUGAACGCCAUGGGUGGAAUGGGCGGCGGCAUGAACAACAUGAACGGCGGAGGCAUGAUGAGUGGCUUCCAGAACGGCGGCAACUUCACACAGGGAGCUGGAGAAGACGAUGCCUACUUCCGAAAGCCCGUCAACCCGCAUCGACACCAGAACAAACAGCGCAGAGUCCGGCCAAGCGAUUACCGAGAGCUUUAA